AUGUCAGGAUUUGGGGAAGUCUUGAAGAUGAUUGGCGAAUAUGGGGCGUUUCAGAAAUGUUUGGUGGUGCUGCUUUGCAUCCCAAGUUUCUUGACCCCCUUUCACAUGUUCGGCCAAAUCUUCAUUAGCAUCGAUGUUCCUCACCACUGCAACACCAGCUGGAUCCGAGCGAUUAGCCCCAACUUAACCGUUCAACAGGUGUUAAAUUUAACAAUCCCUAAGAAAGUGGAUGGUUCUCUGGAGGAAUGUUCUAGAUUCACUCCAGUAGAUUCGGACAUUGAAUCGAUCAUAAAAUACGGGCUCAAUUCCACCCAGGGUUGUGAACAAGGAUGGGUGUAUCCGACAAUGAGCGUGCCAACUCUGGUUACCGAGUUUGAUCUGGUCUGCGACCAAAGGGACUUAAACGACAUCUCCCAAUCCAUUUUCAUGGGCGGACUUCUGGCUGGAUCGCUGAUCUUCGGCUCACUGAGUGACAGGUUUGGCAGCCGGAUGUCCAUCCUAAUUACCCUGUUCAUAAUGGGAUUCUUUGGGACUGCAGUAAGUUUGGCCGCGCAUUUCUACGUCUACAUUGCCCUGAGAUUCGUCGUAGGAGCAGCCCUGGCUGGGAUCAGCAUCAGCAUUGCAACCUUGAGUUCGGAAUGGGUGGGUCCAUCUUACCGUCCACAGGCGCUGAUCAUCAUUCAUUGUGCCAAUGCGCUGGGUCAAAUGGCUCUAGCUGGCGUGGCCUACUUUGUCCAUGACUGGCGACUGUAUCAAAUAACGACCUCAGCUCCUGCAUUUCUCAUCUUUUUCUACGCUUGGGUCCUUCCAAGCUCUGCUCGAUGGCUGAUAACCAAAAAGAAAAUGGAAGAAGCCAAAGAUAUCCUCCUAAGAGCUGCUGCCAUCAACAACCAAACCUUUUCUGUGGAUAUCGUGGAUCAGUUGGCUCCAGAAAAGAAGAUGUCACAUAAAUACAUCCUAGACCUUUUCAAGAAAUCGUAUCUGAGGAACAUGACUUUGAUCAUGGCUUGGGUGUGGUUUGUGGAUAGUCUGGUGUAUUACGAACUGAGUCUUCACGUUGGGGAUUUUGGCUUGAACAUCUACUUGACCCAACUCAUCUUUGGAGCUGUGGAAAUCCCAUCUCGCAUCUUCUCCAUUUUUCUGCUCGAAUCGAUCGGGAGGAAGAAGUGCCAGUCCACUUGGCUCAUCCUGGGAGGAAUCAUGUGUGUGAUCAUCUGUGUGAUCCCCAAAGAAUUCCGUAUUAUUGUGACUGUGCUAGCCGUGAUUGGAAAGUCUGCUAUGGCUGCUUCCUUUUCAACCACUUAUCUGUUUUCUGCUGAGAUAUUUCCCACAGUUGUGAGACAAUUCGCCCUUGGCUUGUGCUCCACGUCUGCUCGUGUCGCGGGCAUCCUUGCGCCAUUACUUGGCAUGUUGGCCAGAUACCACCUUGCUAUUCCUAUGUUCAUCUGUGGAAGCUCAACACUGGUUGCAGGAAUCCUAUGCUGUUUCCUUCCUGAAACACGCAACAGAGAUCUUCAGGAUACUACACCUGAGCCCGAAGCCGCGCCAGCUCAGAAGAUCCAAGAGAUUCACCUCCACAUUGGCUGUGAGCUGGAAACCAUAACUGAAGAAGAAAUCACUGAGGAAGGACCUGUCAAGAAGACCUAUGUGUAG